GUCCUGACCACUAGCGCACAGCAGACUAGCGGAGGAGAAGCAACGGAUCGGUCAGUCCCCUAACCCCCGCUCUGCAACAAGGGACUGCCUGAAAACCCACCGACGACAUGGAGUAUCUGACGUUUGUUGUUUUAUUAUGGUUUUCCUGGGUACAGUUUAUUUCCAACUCAGCAGAAAGCAGUCAACAGCCAUUUCCAACAGAGAAGUUGUUGGUUCUCACCGUUGCCACACAGGAGACUGAUGGUUAUCGCCGCUUCAUGCAGUCAGCCGACUAUUUCAACUACACUGUCAAGGUCCUGGGCAUGGGAGAGGAGUGGAGAGGUGGGGAUGUGGGGCGCUCCAUUGGAGGAGGACAGAAGGUGAGACUACUGAAGGAAGCCAUGGAAGGACUGAGGGACCAAGAAGACCUGGUGGUGCUGUCUGUUGACAGUUAUGAUCUUAUCUUCGCAGGGGGACCAGAGGAGAUACUCAGGAAGUUCCAGGAAGCCAAUCACAAGGUCCUGUUUGCUGCCGAGGGUUUGGUCUGGCCUGAUAAACGCCUACAGGACAAAUACCCGUCCGUCCGCAGCGGCAAGCGCUUCCUCAACUCAGGAGGCAUCAUCGGCUACGCCCCGUAUGUGACCAAGAUCGUAGAGCAGUGGAACCUUCACGAGAACGAUGACGACCAGCUGUUCUACACCAAAAUAUACCUGGACCCUCAACAGAGGGAGAGUUUGAACAUGACUUUGGACCACAAGUCUCAGAUUUUCCAGAACUUAAAUGGAGCUAUCGACGAAGUUCUUCUGAAGUUUGGAACGGAGAGAGUACGAGUCAGAAACACUGUGUACGACACACUGCCAGUGGUCGUCCAUGGAAACGCCAACACCAAAAUGUAUUUGAACUAUCUAGGAAACUACAUCCCCAACGCCUGGAACUACGAGAGAGGCUGUGGUGUCUGUGACCACAACAUGGUGGAUUUGUCUCAGCUCGAAGAGUAUCCCACUGUGAUGGUUGGAGUGUUCAUCGAACAGCCCACUCCUUUCCUCUCUCAAUUCUUCCAGAGACUUGCGACCCUCGACUACCCCAAACAUAAACUUAACGUCUUCGUUCAUAACAACGAGGUUUACCAUGAGAGACACAUCCAGAAGUUUUGGGAGGAAAAUAAAGACGUGUUCAACAGCUUCAAGGUUGUGGGUCCGGAGGAGAACUUGAGCCAAGGAGAGGCCAGGAAUAUGGGCAUGGGGCUGUGUCGUAAGGACCCAGGCUGUGACUACUACCUCAGUAUGGACGCUGACGUGAUGCUCACCAACAGACAGACCCUGAAGAUCCUCAUCGAGCAGAACAGGAAAAUAAUUGGUCCCCUUGUCACUCGUCAUGGCAAGCUGUGGUCCAACUUCUGGGGUGCGUUGAGUCUGGAUGGUUACUAUGCCCGCUCUGAAGACUACAUCGACAUUGUGCAGAGCAAGCGUGUGGGCGUGUGGAACAUUCCCUACAUGGCUCAUAUAUACUUGAUAAAGGGAGAAGUCCUGAGAAACGAGCUGAAGGAGAGGAAACAUUUUGUUUUGGAGAAACUGGAUCCUGACAUGGCUCUCUGUAGACACGCUAGAGAAUUGACCAAUCACAGAGAGAAAGACUCCCCCAACCCGGAAACAUUCCAUAUGCUCAGAGUCCCAAAGGGAAUGUUCAUGUACAUUACAAACCGCCAUGAGUUUGGAAGGCUAAUAUCCACAGCCAACUUUAACACGUCACACUAUAACAGUGAUUUGUGGCAAAUAUUUGAAAAUCCAAUGGACUGGAAGGAGAAAUACAUCCACCCCAACUACACACGCAUCUUCACAGAGAACUACUUAGAAGAGCCGUGUCCAGAUGUGUUCUGGUUCCCGGUCUUCACGGAGCGGGCCUGUGAUGAGCUGGUGGAGGAGAUGGAACACUAUGGGUCCUGGUCUGGAGGCAACCACGAGGACAAGCGGAUCACCGGCGGCUAUGAGACCGUGCCGACUGAUGACAUCCACAUGAAGCAGAUCGGUUACGAUAAGGAGUGGCUACACUUCAUCAGAGAGUUCAUAUCCCCCGUCACUCUCAAAGUCUUCUCCGGAUACUACACCAAGGGCUAUGCAGUGAUGAACUUCGUAGUGAAGUACACCCCCGGCAGACAGGCCUACCUGAGACCCCAUCACGACUCCUCCACAUUCACCAUCAACGUUGCUCUCAACAGCAAAGGAACUGACUUCCAGGGUGGAGGCUGUCGGUUCCACAGGUAUAACUGCUCUGUAGAUUCUCCCAGGAAGGGCUGGAGUUUCAUGCACCCAGGCCGUCUGACACACCUCCACGAAGGCCUGCCCACCACCAACGGAACUCGCUACAUUGCUGUCUCCUUCAUCGACCCUUGAACUCUACACUACGUUAGCAUAGGAUUUGAUCAGGUUUCAUUUUUGUAAAAAAAAAAAAGUUGUGUUUAAAUUUGAUCUAUUUUGUUUGUAAUGAUAAAGUGCCUCAUGUUGUACUUUAUACAUUUUUA